AUGCAUGCAAACCUGUCCUCUCUUGUCGUCUUUCCAAACGACACUCCCCCACCGUUCCCUGCCUCCCCCAGUCCAGCUGGCGUCGAGCAGGCCAAUCAGCCCCGGCUGCCGGUUCUGGCUGGUUUUUCCAGGUCGACUCCCCCCCUGGACGCAACGGCCAGAUGCACCAUCAAAGUGGCUUCCCGGACUGGCGUCCGCCCUGUCCCCAGCGCUGGGCUCUCUCCACCCCUGCCUGGUCCAUCUGACCCCGCGCCGGGGCUUAAGCAGGCAGUCGCUGAGCUGGCUCAACUCCAGAGCCAGUCGCUGCUCUGCCUCCCGCAGGCAGGGCCACCGACGUCGUUCAACGUGGUCGCACACGGCAGUUUCGGCCUGAUCCGCGGUCCUGGCGCCUCUGCUGACCGACCCCGUCUGGGCGGCAGAGGCUUGACUACCAGCUCCGUGGAUAUCGCCUCUCUGCUUCGAAUUCCAGCCUCAAACGAGCCCUCCGUGUCCCACACAAGACAGCUUCGACCUGCCUCCGUGCCAUCAACUCCUACGACUACUCCUCAUGACCUCCUCCCUUCACGUGUAGGGCCUUUGCCUGUAGUUCCGACGCUCGUCCCGAGUAAUCGGCGCAGUAUGACACCUCACGUUCCAGACCAGCCAGUCAAGAAACAAAGCAAAUGGUCUCCCGAGGAGGAUGCCGUCAUUAUCGAGCUCCGUGGGAGAGGCAUGAAGUGGGAAGAUGUUUCCAAGCGACUUCCGGGACGCAGUGCCAUCAGCUGUCGGCUUCACUACCAGAACUAUCUCGAAAGACGCAGUGAGUGGGAUGAGGAACGCAAGAAUAAGCUCGCUAGGCUCUAUGAGAGAUUCAAAUCUGAUAUGUGGGCCAAGGUGGCUGAAGAAUUGGCUGUUCCCUGGCGAGCAGCCGAAGCGAUGCACUGGCAGCUUGGAGAGGCGGAUAUGGCUCGACGAGCUGGAGUAGUUCCUUUCUCUCUCGCUGCCGUCAACAAUGAGGCGGCGAGCAACAGGGCCAUGGCCAGUCGAAACCAGGCGCCGAUUCAGCCACUCGAUAGUAGCAAUCUUCGUGAUGUCAAGCCACCAUCUCCUCACUCGAGCUACAGCCGUGGCCAGCUCAUGCCCCCCAUGACACCUGCACGAACAUCUCGACGAGGACCUAUCAACUCUCAACCACCUCCCCCACCGCAUGCGCGACCAAUGCUACCUCCCCAUCCCCAACACCUGCAUCAAACACCCCAUUCCUCCCCCCACGCAGUAGUGCCAGGACCAUCGGCUCCGCAACAGCAGCAGCAGCAGCCGCCGCCGCCGCCGCCGCCGCCGGCAACUGCCACUGCUUUGCCACACCCUCAUCCUGAUUACCGCCGCAGCCCGGGUCCUGGUCUUGCCCCAAUUCAACCUCACCCUCCGUCUCACAACGCCGGCCCUCUGCCAAGCCUUGCACAGUUGACUACAGGAAUGAGUCCGUAUGGCCCGCCAAGCGGACCGCCAACACCAACAUCUCUGCCUGCGAUCAAUAACCCUUCGAUGCCUCGUUAUAUGCCAUUGGAACCACAACAGACAGGAACAAAGCGGCGAGCGAGUCCUGAUAUGACAAGGCCGGAUGGUGCUCAUAGGCGAAGACUGGCAUAA